AUGAAUUCAAUCUAUUGCAAAGGUUUUCGUUUAGUUUUACUUUUUACAUUCUGCCCAUGCUUCUGUCUGACAUCACUUUACCAUUGUAAUUUUGAUACACAAACAUCAAGUAAUUGUCUAUUGAAGAAAACAUUAGAUGCACCAACUCUAAUUCAUGCAACUGGUUCACUUCAAGACGAAAUACCUACCCAGACAUUAACUGAUAAUACAUCUAUUCUGACAUAUGCGUUUGUUAAAACACCUCGUGUUGGUGCAUUUGAUCAUACUUAUUCAGCAUUAGUGAAAAAAGGAGAAAAUAGUAUGCAAUGUCUCGAUUUUUAUUACUAUAUCACUGACAGUUCACACAAUGCCAAAAUCGGUGUUGAGUUGGACAUUGGUUCAACAAGACAACCAAUUAUAGAGUUGAUAGCAACACCCAAUAGCAAAUGGCAACAUUGUCAACAUUCAUAUAGUCGGCCAUCAUCAAGUACCUAUCAUCUCUCGUUUAAUUUCCGCAUUGAUAGUGGUAAUGAGACAAACAAUAAAUCAUAUAGCCCAAUUUAUUUUGCACUUGAUGAUAUUGACUUACAUGAUGGUGAUUGUGCAACUGGUCCUAAUCUCGCUCUAAUACUUGGCCUUUCAUUAGGACUCGGUAUUCCAGCUGUGGCUGGCGCUAUUGGCGGUUCUGUCUAUUAUUUUGGAAAAAAAAAACAUAUAAGAUUUAUGAUAUCUCAAUUAGUUAAAGCUAUUGAAUUAUCUUAG